AUGGAGGACCUCAUCGACCAUUUACCCAAAUUGCCUGAAAUCCAACAACAAAAACUCACUAUUCCUGAAUUCGAUGAAAUAGAAGUGAAACCAACUGACUCAGUAGAAAUAAAGAAGUUCAUACGAAAGGUAAACUAUGAGUUUCUAGGAUUUCAUUGCAACCAUAAGGUUAUGGACAAAGAUUGCGAUAUGGUAUAUAAGAAUGUUUCUGACAUAUAUAAAUCUGAAGAAUUUAAGACCUACGACAACUUUGUUUCGUUAGUUGCUGAAUGUGUAUGGCAGAUAAGAGAUAAAGAUAGAAGAGGCAAAGUAUGGAACAAACAAAUAAGACCCGCUAUGUUUGAGAUGAAGAGAGCAAUUGACGCUUUAGUUGUUUUAGCUGGUAAGGUUUCAGAAUAUAACGCAAAAAUGAACCCGCAAUGUUCUAAAUGUAAAGCAGCAAUGAGGAAAUAUAACUACUCCGUCAAAGAGAUAGAACGUAUGAGAAACGACUAUGCAGACUUAAAGAAAGAAGCAGAAAAACCAGCAGAAGAUAAAAUGGACAUGUUAGAAUUUCUGAACAAAAACUAUCCAACUGCUGACGAUUUCCUUCUAUCUGAUGUCAAGAAGAAAUAUAAAGAGACUUUCGGUAUCGUUAAAACAUUCGAUGUACUAAAAGAAGAAAUAGAAGCUACGAAACUGUUUAGAGUCUCACGAAUUCAUAACGUUUACCAUGUAAAACGCUUAUAA